AUGAACGGCCAGCUCGACCUAAGCGGAAAGUUGAUCAUCAAAGCCCAAUUGGGUGAUGACAUCAGACGCAUCCCCAUCCACAAUGAAGACAUCACUUACGACGAGCUGGUGCUCAUGAUGCAACGCGUCUUCAGGGGCAAACUGCAGAGCAACGAUGAGGUCACCAUUAAGUACAAAGACGAAGAUGAUGACCUCAUCACCAUCUUUGACAGCUCUGACCUCUCCUUCGCCAUCCAGUGCAGUAGAAUACUCAAGUUAACUUUGUUUGUUAACGGUCAACCCCGGCCAUUGGAGUCCAGUCAGGUGAAGUACCUGCGUAGGGAACUCAUUGAGCUGAGGAAUAAAGUCAACACCCUACUAGAUAACUUUGAGCCCCCCGUGGAGCCCGGCAUGGCUGCAACGGCACCAGAAAACGAAACAGUUGACGGACGCGAAGGCAAGGUGGUGACGACAGAUGCUGCUGCGAAGCAUGUGACCCCAGUCAGCGCGGCCAGUAUGUCCGCCUUUGACCCGUUAAAGAACCAAGAUGAAGUCAACAAGAAUGUCAUCUCUUCUUUUGGUCUGAGCGAGGACCAGGCCCCAGCUCCGCCAGCAACAGCCCCAGAGGAGCGCUCAGGGACGCCUGAUAGCAUUGCUUCCGCCUCUUCCGCAGCCCCUCAGCCAGGAUUGCCUCCCCAAGCGCAGGCUCCCUUUUCUGGAGUGCAGCAGGGACCCCAAUCAGGUAUAGAUGGUCAGGUGUAUCAGCAGUACCAGGCCCCAGCUGGAUACCCUCAACAGCAGCCAGGUGCACCACCUCAACAGUAUGGAAUGCAGUAUCCUGCUGGGUACAGCCCCCAGCCGGGAGCCCCCCAACCUGGUCCGCCGCAGCCUCAACAGCAGCAGUUCCAGAACUACGCACCUCCUUCCUCCCAAGCCCCAGCCCCGGGUCCGCCGGCCCCGUCCCCUAGCUUCCAAGGUGGCCAGCAGCAGCCUCAUCCUCCUCCUCCUCAGGGACCCCAGCAGUACCCACCAGGAGCCUUUCCUCCCCAAAACUAUACCUCCCAGGCAUCGCAGCCUGCCAACUACAGCAUGCCCCCCACCUCCCAGCCUGCUGGGUACCAACCUCGCCCAGGAUACACCCCACCUCCAGGCAGCACGGUCACCCCUCCGCCCGGGGCUGCUAACCCAUAUGCCCGCAACCGGCCCCCUUACGGUCAGGGCUAUGCUCAACCGGGGCCUGGGUACCGGUAA